AUGGAGCCGCCCGGUGGGGGCCUGGGACCCGGCCGCGGGACCCGGGACAAAAAGAAGGGUCGGAGCCCGGACGAGCUGCCUGUAGCGGGCAGCGACGGCGGCAAAUCCAAGAAAUUUACUCUGAAGCGGCUCAUGGCAGAUGAGCUGGAGAGAUUUACCAGCAUGAGAAUUAAGAAAGAGAAAGAAAAGCCCAAUUCUUCUCAUAGAAAUUCUUCUGCAUCAUAUGGGGAUGAUCCCACAGCACAGUCAUUGCAAGAUAUUUCAGAUGAGCAAGUACUAGUUCUGUUUGAACAGAUGCUGUUGGAUAUGAACCUGAACGAGGAGAAACAGCAACCUUUGAGGGAGAAGGACAUUAUCAUCAAGAGGGAGAUGGUGUCCCAGUACUUGCACACUUCCAAGGCUGGCAUGAACCAAAAGGAGAGUUCUAGGUCUGCCAUGAUGUAUAUUCAGGAAUUGAGGUCAGGCUUGCGGGACAUGAAUCUUCUUAGCUGCCUGGAGUCCCUUCGUGUCUCUCUCAACAACAACCCUGUCAGUUGGGUGCAAACAUUUGGUGCUGAGGGCCUGGCCUCCUUAUUGGACAUCCUUAAACGACUUCAUGAUGAGAAAGAGGAGACUGCUGGAAGCUAUGAUAGCCGUAACAAGCAUGAGAUCAUUCGCUGCUUGAAAGCUUUUAUGAAUAACAAGUUUGGAAUCAAGACUAUGUUGGAGACAGAAGAGGGAAUCCUGCUGCUGGUGAGAGCCAUGGAUCCUGCUGUCCCCAACAUGAUGAUCGAUGCAGCUAAGCUGCUCUCUGCUCUCUGCAUCCUACCACAGCCAGAGGACAUGAAUGAAAGGGUCUUGGAGGCAAUGACAGAAAGAGCUGAGAUGGAUGAGGUGGAACGUUUCCAACCACUGUUGGAUGGAUUAAAAAAUGGAACCUCUAUUGCACUCAAGGUGGGAUGCCUACAGCUGAUCAAUGCCCUCAUCACGCCAGCUGAAGAACUUGACUUCCGAGUUCACAUCCGAAGUGAAUUGAUGCGCUUAGGGUUGCAUCAGAUGUUACAGGACCUUCGAGAGAUUGAAAAUGAUGAUAUGAGAGUGCAACUAAAUGUGUUUGAUGAACAAGGGGAAGAAGAUUCCUAUGACCUGAAAGGACGACUGGAUGACAUUCGCAUGGAGAUGGAUGACUUCAGUGAAGUCUUUCAGAUUCUCUUAAACACAGUGAAGGAUUCAAAGGCAGAGCCACACUUCCUGUCCAUCCUGCAGCACCUACUCUUGGUCCGGAAUGACUAUGAGGCCAGACCACAGUACUAUAAGUUGAUUGAAGAAUGUAUUUCCCAGAUAGUUCUGCACAAAAAUGGGGCUGAUCCUGACUUCAAGUGCCGACACCUCCAGAUUGAUAUUGAAGGAUUGAUUGAUCAGAUGAUUGAUAAAACGAAGGUAGAGAAAUCUGAAGCCAAAGCUACAGAGCUGGAAAAAAAGCUGGACUCAGAGUUAACAGCCCGACAUGAGCUACAGGUGGAAAUGAAAAAGAUGGAAAGUGAUUUUGAGCAGAAGCUCCAGGAUCUUCGGGGAGAGAAGGAAACAUUGGAUACUGAAAAGCAGCAGAUUACCACAGAGAAACAGGACCUAGAAGCAGAGGUGUCUAAGCUCACAGGAGAGGUUGCCAAGCUGUCAAAGGAACUAGAAGAUGCCAAGAAAGAAGUGGUUUCUCUCUCUGCUGCAGUUACUGCUGUGGUUCCUCCCAUUACCAGCAGUGCUUCGGUUCCCCCUGCCCCUCCUUUACCAGAAGGUGUUAGCAUACAACCCCCACCUCCUCUUCCUGAGAGUAGUGCCAUUCCUCCUCCACCACCACCUCCUCCUCUGCCUGGGGGUGUUUGCAUCCCCCCACCCCCUCCUUUGCCUGGUAGUGUUUGCAUCCCCCCACCCCCUCCUUUGCCUGGGGAUGCUGGCAUCCCUGCUCCUUUGCCUGGGAGUGCUGGCAUCCCCCCACCCCCUCCUUUGCCUGGGAGUGCUGGCAUCCCCACACCCCCUCCUUUGCCUGGGUAUACUGGCAUCCCCCCACCACCUCCCUUGCCUGGGGGUGCUUGUAUUCCCACAGCCCCUCCUUUGCCUGGGUGUGCCAGCAUCCCCCCACCUCCUCCCCUGCCUGGUGCUGCUGGCAUCCUCCCACCUCCUCCUCCCUUGCCUGGAGGACCAGGAAUGCCACCUCCCCCUCCCCCUUUUCCUGGUGGUCCUGGAAUUCCUCCACCUCCUCCUGGGAUGGGUAUGCCUCCACCUCCUCCCUUUGGAUUUGGAGUUCCUGCAGCCCCAGUUCUGCCAUUUGGAUUAACCCCAAAGAAGCUUUAUAAGCCAGAGGUACAGCUCCGAAGGCCAAACUGGUCCAAGUUUGUUGCUGAGGACCUCUCCCAGGACUGCUUCUGGACAAAAGUGAAGGAGGACCGCUUUGAGAACAACGAUCUCUUUGCCAAACUUACCCUUACCUUCUCUUCCCAGACCAAGACUUCCAAAGCCAAGAAGGAUCAGGAAGGUGGAGAAGAAAAGAAAUCUGUACAAAAGAAAAAAGUAAAAGAGUUAAAGGUAUUGGAUUCAAAGACGGCCCAGAAUCUCUCAAUCUUUUUGGGUUCCUUCCGCAUGCCCUAUCAAGAGAUUAAGACUGUCAUCCUGGAAGUGAAUGAGGCUGUUCUGACUGAGUCUAUGGUCCAGAACCUCAUUAAGCAGAUGCCAGAGCCAGAGCAGUUAAAAAUGCUUUCUGAAUUGAAGGAUGAAUAUGAUGACCUGGCUGAAUCAGAGCAGUUUGGUGUGGUGAUGGGCACUGUGCCCCGUCUGCGGCCUCGCCUAAAUGCCAUCCUCUUCAAACUACAAUUCAGUGAGCAAGUGGAGAACAUCAAGCCAGAGAUCGUUUCUGUGACUGCUGCAUGUGAGGAGUUACGCAAGAGUGAGAGCUUCUCUAGCCUCUUGGAAAUUACCUUGCUUGUUGGAAACUAUAUGAAUGCUGGCUCCAGGAACGCUGGUGCUUUUGGCUUCAAUAUCAGCUUUCUCUGUAAGCUUCGAGACACCAAGUCUGCAGAUCAGAAGAUGACAUUGCUGCAUUUCUUGGCUGAGUUGUGUGAAAAUGACCAUCCUGAUGUCCUCAAGUUUCCAGAUGAGCUUGCCCAUGUGGAGAAAGCCAGUCGAGUUUCUGCUGAGAACUUGCAAAAGAACCUAGAUCAAAUGAAGAAACAAAUUUCUGAUGUGGAACGUGAUGUUCAGAAUUUCCCAGCUGCCACAGAUGAGAAAGACAAGUUUGUUGAAAAAAUGACUAGUUUUGUGAAGGAUGCACAGGAACAAUAUAACAAGCUGCGGAUGAUGCAUUCUAACAUGGAGACCCUCUAUAAGGAACUGGGCGACUACUUCCUCUUUGACCCCAAGAAGGUGUCUGUGGAAGAAUUCUUCAUGGACCUGCACAACUUCAGGAAUAUGUUUUUGCAAGCAGUCAAGGAGAAUCAGAAGCGGCGAGAGACAGAGGAAAAGAUGCGGCGAGCAAAACUAGCCAAGGAGAAGGCAGAAAAGGAGCGGCUGGAAAAGCAGCAGAAGAGAGAGCAACUCAUAGACAUGAAUGCAGAGGGCGAUGAGACAGGUGUGAUGGACAGUCUUCUAGAAGCCCUGCAAUCAGGUGCAGCAUUCCGUCGGAAGAGAGGACCCCGUCAGGCCAACAGGAAGGCUGGAUGUGCAGUCACAUCUCUGCUAGCCUCAGAGCUGACCAAGGAUGAUGCCAUGACUGCCGUUCCUGCCAAGAAGCCCAAUAUUGGUGAGGGAGUCACCACGAUACUUGAGGAAAGCAAGGAGCUGGUUGGCCGUGCAAGCUAAACUGGGUCCUGUAGCCACCUUAGCUCCUCAGUGGAGUCCCAUACUGUCCUGCCCUGCAGCAUGUGCCUAAAGGGUGGAGGGGAUAUUCCUGUGGGGUGGCCACUCCCACCUGCCUGGUCCUGUCUUUCUCUCUGGCUCACUGCACUCUGUACAUCACAUACAGCCUCAGCUGCCUGGAGGCCAGAAGGAACGGGCAGUGUGGGGGAGGCCUGAGCCCAACCCAGCCAGCCCUGGCUGCUGUAUUACCAAAGCAGGGUCCGUGUUUGCUGCCUUAACCUGUCUCUGUGUUACUCUGAGGCCUCAUCUCAGACAAGGCCCAGCUGCUUUCUCAGCCCCUGACUUUCCAGUGGGCUUUCCUGUAGGUCAUUCUUGCUGGGUUUGUGCUUUUUUUUGUGUGUGUGUGUGUGUGUGUGUGUGUGUGUGGUUUCUCUGGCCCUGAGAACAGCAUGGGGCUUGUGAACCUUUGGGCUAUAUCCUUCCUUUUAUUGCCAUCACCUCUAGUCUUUCUCUCUCUUCCUUCUCCUGGCUGUUGUUAUUUAUUACUAGUGGAGUGGCACUGGGAGCUACUUUAAGGAAGAGGGAGCAAAUCCCACCCUCACCCCACCUUCCUGGAAAAAGCAUCCCAGAAGAAAAAGGGUCUGGAGCACUUUGCCUGAUCAGCUGUGGCCCAGGCCAGAGCCUAUGGGCAGGCAGGGCAAAGACAAUAUGGAAGUUGGCCCUUAGCCUGCUGCCAUGCUUUUGCUUUGUGCCCCUUGUCUCUCUCGACCUGCUGCACCAGCCCCUAGGCUACUGAGCCAAGAUCCCUCAUCCCCUCCCCGGAGCUUUGGUGCAUCUCAUCUGGAGUAUGGGCUGGAUUGUGACCAUCCCAACACCUCACCCUCUGUCUCCAAGGAAAUGGGAGGUGGAAGCCUCCUGGCUGAGAAAUUGUUUUCCAAAUGGAUCUAUUUUUAUAUGAGAUUUUUUUUUUUAAAGAAAAUAACUCUUUCCCCUCCUUCACCCCUCCAUAAUGUAAGAGGCUUUGAUGGCAGGUUCCAGAGUUCCUGCGGUUCUCCCCGCCCCCCACAGGCCUCAAUCCUGAAUAAGACCCUGGCCCUCAACCUCAGCCCUCAAAACCUCUGGACCCUUGAAGCCAAGGCAGAUUCUCUCUCCCAGUAUCAAUUCUGGGGCAGGAGGAACCUCUGGUUGAGCUGGGCCAGGCCUUGAAGUAUCUAUUGGGAGCUCUGAGAUCACAGAAUUUUUAUAAAUUUAAUAUAUUUAUCAAGCCUAAUGUGCAAAUGCUAACUGGACACUGGGAGGUAGGCACAGGAAGUGCCUCCAUACGCCCACUCCAUUCUGAACAGUGGGCAGGUCAAACUGUUUGGUGGCCCCGGCCACAGGAAACUCAGAUUCUCUGGCUCAAGGUCACACUUUUGCCCUCCUUGUGCCCCUUUUAGCUUCCCACCCCUAGAUGGAGGGAGAAGGGCUUUGCCCAGAAUUGUAAUUGUAAGAGCAGAGGGGAACUUAGGAGACUUAAGGAUGACUGCAAGGAGGCCUUGGGGCCAGGAAGGAGGGUUCUGAUUUCUAGGCAAGUCCAACAUGCUUGAGCCUGUGUAGGAAGGGGCAACUGCAGCUCCUUUGAUCUAUUCUGGGAAGACUGUGGUGCAGGGGAUCUGUUGCUCCCAAGUUCCCUCCUUCUCUCUGCUCGCUGACAUCUGGGGCUUUGACCCUUUCUUUUUUUAAUGUACUUUUGCUAAGAUGCAUUUAAUAAUAAAAGAAAAAAAAAGGGACAAAAUGCAAACCCAUUUCCCUCGCCUCUUGGGCUUCUGGGAUGUCAUCACCUCCAGUUUGUUGGGUUUGUUUCCAACUGUUAAUAAAGCAUUGAAACAAUA